AUGGAGGUGGUCUCCGGAGAGCGCUCAACAGGGGAAAGGACAAAAGCCAUGGUCGCCGGCAGCCCAGCAGUGACGGCUUGGAGUGGAGGCGAAGAAGACUGCGUGAUUGAGGACGAGGAGGCCGAUCCACUGUUGGAACCGGACGAUGAAGAGGAAACAGCAAGCACAUCUAGAGGGUCGUUUAUGUUUGGUAAUGAGGAAGUGUCCAAAGAGCAUGUGCAGGUCCUUCUUGCCAUCAAACCUGUUAGAGCGAGAUAA